UAGUCCCGGGGCUCGCGGGAUUGCGGGACGGAUCCAGGCCUUUCUCGGGCCGGUGGCGGAGGCGACCCCGGCUGCGCUGUGGCGGCCUGUCUGGGGCGGAGAUCUGCCGGGGGUCUCUUCCGCGCGGCGGUGGAGCCAGCGCCUGUACCGGGCUGGGUGGGGGGCGCGGCGUUGGGUUUGGGAGCGCGGAGCCGGGAGGGGCCGCGCGCGGACCCCGGGAGACGCGGCGCGGCGCGGCCCGUGGGUCAGGGGCCAGUCCCCGCGGCCCCCGCGGCGGUGCGUUGCGGGCGUCGCAGGUCCGCGGGAGACGCGCGGGGAGGGAGCGUCCUGCCAGACCUACCCUGUCAGCGGUCUGCACUCCCUUGAUAGGAAAACUGAGAAGGAAAGAAUGGCCAUGGAUUUGCUGCCCACUAAGGUGACAGAGUCUGUGACAUUCAGGGACGUGGCCGUGCUCUUCAGCCAGGAUGAGUGGCUGCACCUGGACGCCACACAGAGAACCCUGUACCGGGAGGUGAUGCUGGAGAACUACGGCACCCUCGUCUCGCUGGGGAUUCCAUGCUCAACACCGAAGGUGAUCUGCCAAUUGCAACAAGGAGAAGACCCCUGCCUGGUGGACAGGGAACUUCCUCAAGAUGCUUCUCUAGGUCUCAAGGCUCAGAUGGAAAUGGAAGCCUUGCCUCCCAGACAAGGCAUUUCUAGAGAAGAAACAUCUCAGGGAAUAAUAAAGAAGAGGUCCAUUAAGUGUGGUGACUGGGACAGCAAUUUUGGACAGACUUUUGAAUUUGAGAGCAGGACAGGACAGGAGCAGCAGAAGAAAUCUCUUAGGCAAAUGGUGACCUCCCACAAAAAAACCAUGAGUGGAGAAGUAAAGCAGACAAGUCUUGAAUUGGGGAAAGGCUUACUUAUAAAUACAAUUCUUGUUACACAGCAGAGUGUUCCUAUAGAAAAGAUACCCAAUAUCUAUUACACCUUUGGGAAAGAUUUUAACCAGAAUUUUGACCUAAUGAGAUGCUUCCAGAUUUACCCAGGAGAAAAACCUCAUACUUGUCAUGAAUGUGGGAAAAGCUUCACCCAGUGUCUCCAUCUGAUUGAACACCAGAGAAUUCACACUGGUGAGAAACCCUACAGAUGUGACGAGUGUGGGAAAACCUUUAGCCAUAGAUCCUCCCUUCUUGCCCAUCAGAGAAUCCACACGGGAGAAAAACCUUACAAAUGUAAUGAAUGUGAGAAAGCGUUCAGCAGCAGUUCAACCCUGAUCAAGCAUCUGAGGGUACACACAGGAGAGAAACCCUAUCGCUGCAAGGAAUGUGGGAAAGCCUUCAGUCAGUGUUCUACUCUCACCGUACAUCAGAGAAUUCAUACCGGCGAGAAACUCUAUAAAUGUGCUGAAUGUGAGAAGGCCUUCAAUUGUAGAGCAAAACUUCAUAGACACCAAAGAAUCCACACAGGGGAGAAACCCUAUAAAUGCAGUGAAUGUGGGAAAGGUUACAGCCAGUUUGCAUCCCUGGCUGAACACCAGAGGCUUCAUACCGGGGAGCAGCUGUGUAAGUGCCUGGAAUGCGGGAGAACCUUCACACGUAUCUCAACCCUUCUCGAACACCAGCGAAUUCAUACUGGCCAGAAACCCUAUCAAUGUAACGAGUGUGGGAAAACCUUCAACCAGUAUUCCUCCUUCAAUGAACAUCGUAAAAUUCACACCGGGGAAAAGCUCUAUACUUGUGGAGAAUGUGGGAAAGCCUUUGGUUGCAAAUCCAACCUGUACAGGCAUCAGAGAAUUCACACGGGAGAGAAGCCCUACCAGUGUAAUCAAUGUGGGAAGGCCUUCAGCCAGUAUUCAUUCCUCACUGAACACGAGAGAAUCCAUACCGGGGAGAAACUCUACAAGUGUAUGGAGUGUGGGAAGGCCUAUAGUUACAGAUCAAACCUGUGCAGACACAAGAAAGUUCACACAAAAGAAAAACUCUAUAAAUGGAAGGACUAUGGGAAGCCAUUUAUCUACAGUUCUUCCCUUACUCAGUAUCAGAGAUUCCUUAGAGCAGAUAAGCCCGGUGAAGUUUAAUUCUUCUCUCAAAUAAUUCAAGACUCCUUAUUGGAGAAUAAUAAAUAGGGCACAGAUUCUGGAUUAGAUUUUUUUAUUUUUACUGAUGGAGAAAAUAUGCUAGUUCCCACUACGUAAUGGUGAAAUUGAUCAGUGGGAUUAUGAAGAGCACUGAUUUGUCGAAUUUUCUAAGUACCAUUAAAUGCUAAUAAGGUUUCUAAGAACAUAGACCUUUUUUUUUAGUUCAUGGAAAAAAACAUAAAAGGCCUAACUUAAAAAAAAAAAAAACAUGAAAAUAAUGGAAUAUACGUUUUGUUUCUUUCUUUAAAGUUUAUUCCCUUUCUAAGAGCAAGCUUCAAUAUGAAUUUUCUUUUAGAUUAGUCAUUGAGUUAAUGUGAAUAAGUUUGAGGCUUUAUUUGCUAAAAUGGCACGCAAGCAUAGGACAUGCUCUCUUCCAUAAAGAGAAAUUCAAGGUAAAAAGGAAUUCUUUAAAUUCAAAUUCUCACGUGGAAAUAAUCACUUUUUAUGAACUGCCUCAGCAGCAGGUUGUAUAUAUAAAUAUAUGUAUGUGGACAUAGGACAUACAGACAUAUAUAUAUAAACAUGUAGCUUUAGAAUACAUGUAUAUUUUUUCCAAAAGUCCCUGAUGAUUAAAAAGUGUGGUUUCAUUAAUUUAGAAUUUAGUUUGGGGAAUUAAAAAUUUGCCCAAAUGGGAUCUCUUUUCCUUUUCCUUAUAUAUUUCUUAAUUGGACAUGAUCUGACACUCCCAAAUAGAGUUCUAGGAUAGUAUUCUAGAAAGUGUAGUGAACUAAAGCAAGGGAGACUGUCAGGCAAAUACUCUCUUACCUGUUGCAGAAGGUACCUAUUUGCAGAAUCUGACUCUACACCUGGUAGCUCAUUAGAGCCAGGAGGAAUUUUCACUUAGUUUAUGUAUAGCUUUUCAUUUUACUAAUGAAAUUGAGCUUAUUGGGCAGAGUCAAGGCUAGAAUCUUAAGUUUUCAGCUCUGGUUUUCUAUGGUAAUUAUAGAUACGAAUUAUAAUCAUUGGCUUCCAACCUCAAGCCCCAAGAGUACUAUUCACUAUUUGUUUUGUAAACUGAUUGGGCAUAAUUGCAGUAAUUUAAUCAGUUUUAUUUCUUUGUUUGAUCGGAUCCCCCUAACUGCAAUCUCAGUCUUGUUCUUUUUCUCCUGUGUUCCUAAUUAUACCUGCUUUUACAAUAACUAUACAUAAAUCCUCAGACUCAGCUGAGGUCCAGAUGGUGAAAUUGCUUUUGGGGUUUUCAUGUAGAAGGUUGCCUUUUCUUUUGUUUCUGUUAUAUUCAUCUUCUAGGAAUCCUUUUGUGUAAAGUGAUAUGUGAAUAUUUUGAAUAUUAUUGUUAAACAUUCUAGUCUUCAGUUAAAAUUGGCUUUCCAAACAUUUUCCAUAUUUUUAACAUACAUUGCAUUUUACCCUGGGCCCACUUCCCACUAUUUUAUGUCUCACUUUCACCAUUGGUAUCCUUUAAAAAAGUGUUUUUUUUUUUUUUUAAAGAUUUUAUGUAUUUAUUUGACAGAGAGAGAUCACAAGUAGGCAGAGAGGCAGGCAGAGAGAGGAAGGGAAGCAGGCCCCCUGCUGAGCAGAGAGCCCGACGCAGGACUCGAUCCCAGGACCCUGAGAUCAUGACCCGAGCCGAAGGCAGCGGCUUGACCCGCUGAGCCACCCAUGCACCUCUAAAAAAGUGUUUUAAUAAAAGGAGCUAGAACCUUCUGUCUGAGAAAGGUUUUAGAAUUAAAUGCAGGCAUUCAGCAUAGCAUAUUUCUUGACCUGCCUUAGCUCACUUGAAAAUAUCUUUUUAUAUAUUUAAGUAUAUUUACAAGGACAUAAACUUUUAAAAGACCUCAGUGUUUAACACUGGACAGAGCCAUUUGCAAGAUAUUCUAGAGAAGAACAUUUGAUAACCCAAUAGCAAAGAGAAUGCUUAGUACCCAGAUUUUGGUUUCUAAAUGCUGUUCACCACUAAAAGGAACCUGGGCUCAUUGGGAUAAUGGCUGAUUCUAUAUAUGGAGCAGGGAAAGUAGAAGAUGUGUCUGAGGUAUCUCCUUAUGAAACAAAACAAAAAGAUAGCACUUCAAGAAUAAGCACUCAAAGGAUAAUGUCAGAAGGACAUGGGAGCCAACUUGAAGGUGUUCUCACUGGUCAAAUUUAAGAUAAUUUAAACAUCAAAUAUAACAGUCACUGUAAUUAGUUAUAACAUGCUAAGUAAAAAUGAGACCAUAAUGAAAAAGAUAAAGAAAAGGAAAGCUCUCUAUAAGCUAAACUGAAGAAUGCCAUCUUUUAACUGGAAUGAGAGUUUCAGAAAAAUCACCAUUUUAUAAUCCUUCAUGUAAUUAAACUAGGCAAAUUCAAUGGCUGAUAAGCCCAUUAGGUGAAAAAAAUAUUUAAGGAACAUUAUAUGGUGUCAAAGGUCACAGAUACCAAUUACAAAUCUAAUAGAUCUGGAGAAACCAAGUUUCACUACUAGUGGGACAAUCUGACAUGAUGUGGCUCCUGAUGGGAUGCCUUAUGAGGUGCACAUGAUAAUCUGUGACAUAUUCUUGCCAAGAGUGUUUGAUGAAAAUGUAAUUGAACCUCUUAUCCAGAUUUAUGUUCCUGUUUAUAAGAAAGACAAGAGAUAGAGGAACAAGUUGAAUUCCAUGAAGAGGAAAUAGACAGACCCAAAGUUUGAAACUCCAUACAAGACAACUGCUCUGGACUCUUCAAAAAGCCAACGUAGUAGAACAAAAGAGACUUCUAGAUUAAGGCACUCAAGAGUCAUAAGGUGUGAUCCUUAGUUGGCUUCUGAUUCAGAAAAACUAGAGCAACUAUAAAAGACAUUUGGGAGGGGAUUCUUGGGGAAGUAUGAGGAUGGAAUGGGUUUUAGAUAAUGUCAUAUGUUUAAUUUUCCUAGAAGUGAUGAUGGUAUUGAGGUAUUUAGGAUGAUGCUCUUAUUCUUAGGAGAUGCAUGUAAAAGUUUUCAAGUUUGAAAAGUCAUGAUGUCUGCAGCACAUUUUCAGGUAAGUACAUAAAAAAUUAGGUGUUGUGGAAAAUUAGUCAACUUUGUGGAGGAUAUAGAGAUGUUCAUUGGUCAUCCUUUACAUUUUUCCAUAUGUUUAGAAUUUUAAUUAAAAAAUUGAGGCAAAAAGUGAUUGCAUAAUGUGAUGAAUAUGAAGCUUCCAGUCAAAAUUUUUCCUUUGUACUCACAUAAAUUUCCUGUUUGACAGUUUAUCUCCUGGGGAUGUAAUCAUUGGAAAUAAAAUAAUUUUUGGUUUAUUCUUA